AUGACGAACCCCCCAGACGCGCCUAAGCGCGACAAGAACGAUCAUGAAUCGGAAGACAGCGGUGAUGAGGAUGUCUUCCACGAUGCACACUUCCCGGCGGAAGAAGAAGCUCAACUCUUGAAAGAGUCCCAGGAGAUAAAAUCCGAAGCAAACAAGUUGUUCCUUGCCACAAGCUACGACCAAGCCAUUUCCUGCUACGACCGAGCCCUUGCCUCAUGCCCAAACUACCUUGACUUCGACGUCGCUGUUCUCCACAGUAACAUUGCCGCCUGUUAUUUGAAGUUAGAAGAAUGGAAGUCGGCAGUGGACUCGGCGUCUGUCUCCAUAGAGCGGCUGGAGAAGAUCAUUCCUUCUGUCCCAUUGGAGAAAGGCAAUGCGGUGAAGGCAAGCGAGGCCACCAAACCGGAUGAAAAAGACAACGACGGUGUGGUGGAGAUCUCAGGGGACGACGAAGAUGCUGAACUGGAGGAACUCCAACGCUUGAAGAAGCAGGAUGAACUCAGGAACAAGGUGUUACGGCUACGAGCCAAAAUCCUCAUGAGACGCGCGAAGGCGAAAUCACAAAUCGGGGGCUGGGGUAACUUGCAAGGAGCUGCAGAAGAUUACCAAGCGCUGGUUGCAAUUGAGACAGUCUCGGCGGAUGAUAAACGCAUCGCCCAGCGAGAAUUGCGGGAGCUCCCCGCUCGCAUCAACCAAGCGCGGGAAAAGGAGAUGGGGGACAUGAUGGGGAAAUUGAAGGAUCUCGGGAAUGGCAUUUUGAGCCCAUUCGGCCUUUCAACGGACAACUUCAAAUUCGUCCAGGACCCGAAAACUGGAGGUUACAACAUGAACUUCCAGUCUUGA